AUGUAUGGACCCUGCCUCAAUAUCUUCAUUCAACCUAUCAACCUAUCCUUAGCCCCUGGCCAUCCAGAUACCGCAUAUGUUUUCCGUGAUAUCAUGAUCAUACCUUACCAAGAAACGUACAUUCUUACAUCCUCGUCAGCCCCCCAGCCCAGCAGCAAUCCACCCGUCAAGAUGCAACUCAUCUCUGUUGUCACCGUUGCCCUCGCCGUCUUCGCCGGCGCCGCCCUCGCUACACAGGAGAAGACCAACGUCAAACCCUAUGGCAAUACGCAAACUCCGCCGCCUCCUGCCAUCCGAACGAAGACGACCAGCACCGCAUUUUCAGACACCACCACACCCAUACAUUCAGCCCAGACUAUCUACCGUGGCAUUGAAGUAUAG